AUGACGACGGACUUCUGCAACGAGCUGCGUGAGCUGGAGCGCUGCGAGCGGCUCUCCAAGUCGAACGAGUCGCAGACGGACUGGCUGCUCGGCACCAGCCACCCCUGCUGCGAGGCGGCCGAGCCCACCCGCGGCUCCAGCCCCGUCUCCAUCAGCACCGCCACCACCCCGCCGCCGCCGAUCGUGUCGGUUGGCGCCGCCGGGCUGCCGGCGUGGGCGGCGAAGCUGCCGGAGGAGGAGGCGGUGAGUGAGGGCCUCUCGCGCGUGGACUCCGCCGCCACCCCGCCGGCCGCGCAGCUGCAGCCCCCGCAGAUGUUCACGCAGCCCGGCGAGAGCGGCGCGGUGCUGGAGGCCACCGUCGUCACGCUGGAGGUCUCGUCGUCCAGCAUCGACACGGAUGUCGUGAUGGCCUCCCGACUCGCCCCGCGCUCCACCGUCUCUCGCAGCAGCACGGAGAAAAGAAGUAAACAACGCCCAACCGCAAAGCGAGAACGAGCAUCGGCGCAGAAGCGGAGACCACUAACGAACAUCACUCCACGUGGGGAGUCUCUGGAGUCAUCAGGCUGUAUACCACAAGUGGUCGCAUCUUCUUCACAGAAACGGGCCAUCAUAUUGCCGAAGAAAAGUAUAAAACCACCUGAAAAGACGCCAGAGCCGGUAAUAUCACCGAGGCCUGUACUGCGAAAAAAUAUGUAUGGAAUGACAGCAACAGCGACAUCAUCGCCAGCGCUUGUAAGUCGUGAGAAUUCUAUUGCUACUGUUCCUGCUACUCAAAAAGAUGCAUUAAGUGGGGGAGCAGCAGCAGUAACAUCACCACGAUUCUAUGGAAGAUCUUAUCAGAGUUCUCCUGAUGUGGUGGUCUCAUCUGAAAGCGAAAAUGAAACUGGAUCUCGUGGACCAACUUCACGCUCUCGUGCUGGAGAAGGACAAUAUAUGAAAUCACGACGACACAGUAAGCCAAAGAACGAAACGACUGUAGUUUCACCCAAAAUAAAAGCUGUGACGAGUGAUGUAAGUGCGACAGCAGCUGCAUCCCUAUCGGAUGUUGCGGUGAUAGAUGUUAUUGAAGUAACAGGGGAAAGUGGAGAGCCAUUGAGGGAAAUGCCAACAAAUUGGAAUGGAAAUGGCGGCCAUACAGCAUUUACACAUCGCUGCGAUUACAAUAUGACGGGUGGCACCGAAGAGACAGAUAUUUUGCUGAAGCCAAGAGGAUCAACCUCUUUACCUCGUGAAGGUGAGAGAGAGGAAGCGGUUUCAUUCUCAGAGAUGAAACGGUUGGCUGCGGAAGAAGAAUGGAAAGAAGAAGAAAGACGAUUAUAUGAAGAAGAAAGGCAACUGCAACAGAGGGGACGAGAAGGGGCACUACCACAUACACCAAUAAAAACACCACAAACGCCAGCAAAAGAAGUACAAACACCACAAACACCACCAAAAGCAGCGAUAUCCACAGCAGCACCAUCCAUAAGAACCGUGGAGAAGAGUUUGCCGCGCCUCUUAGCAGUUUCACAAGAACGGGAAUAUGAGACAAAUCAAUAUCAGAUGGAUGAAGAGGAUGAUAAUCAUAAGAGAACAGUGGAGAAUCCACAAGGACGGGAAUUACUAACAACCCCAUCACAGACCCGAGGAGGAGUACCAACACCAACAUCAACACCAACACCAGUAAAAUCAACACCAGCAGGAAAACCUCCUACACCCAAAUUAAAUCCAUUACCAUUGCAGUUGACACCAAAAACAGAGGGAACUUCUCCAAUACCCGCUACAAAAGUAUCUCUGCGACGUACAUCUGUGGAAGCCACAUCACCUGUACGAACACCAACAAAAGCAACCGCAUCUCCAUCACCUGCACCAGCAGCUACAGCAGAAAGGACACGUACAUCCUCCACUCCAGCGGCAGAGUGGGUUGCCAACAGUACGCCGGAGUCUCAAGUGCUUAUGGAUAGACCAUGUCCGUUAACAAGUCCGGCCUAUAUGAAUCCAAAUAUGAAACUCAAGCCGAAAGCCAGCUGCUGUAUCGUCAUGUGA